CUUUCCUGUCGUACUGAGCACACAAGAGGAUGAUCGAAGGUUCCUUUCCGACAGCACCCUGACUGCUGUAUUUUGCUCCCAAACAUUCGGGCCAAAUGAACGGCGCAAAAUUCCCCUCUCCCGUUGCCGAGAUGGCAGAAAUGAACCGUAUCCACUAUGAUCUGGAGUACACGGAGGGGAUUAGUCAAAGGAUGCGCAUACCUGAGAUGCUGAAAGUGGCUCCACAAGGCCAGGAGGACUCCAGUAUCGGCUCACAGCAGCUUCCUCACAGUGUUACAAUGCAGGUCCCGGAAAGAAUUGUUGUCUCAGGAGACAGUGAUGACAACCAGUUUUCAAGACCGAGAGACCUGGAUUUAAUCCAGUCAACACCAUUCGAGGCCUUGUCCCUAAAGACGCCUCCAAGAGUGCUCACACUCAGUGAGCGGCCUCUUGACUUCCUGGAGGAGGAACACAGAGCAGCACCAGAAAGUGAGGCUGUGCUGCGACCCCAAGGGCGAUCUAGACGAGAACGCUCCGCUAGUGAGAAUGCAGCCGUCCGUCACAGCAGUCAACUGAUACAUAACGAUUCAGCUGCACCAGCAUCCCCCCCAGCCACUCUUCACUUCCCUUCCCCUCCCACUGUGGCUGAAGAAGAACACAACUUGUACAGCGCUAGUGGCGUUUUAUCUUUCCUCCAGUCUACUACACGUCGGGCCUACCAGCAGGUCCUUGAGGUCUUGGAAGAAAACCCUCGCAGAAAACCAUCACUGCGAGGGGGGUCGGCUUCAAGCUCCAACCCCCUGCAUGAAUCCAGGCUUGCAUUAGCAACAUAUGAAGGCUCUCUGGAUGGGGGAUCUGAUGACAUGACAGUUGUAGAUGCUGCAACACUUCGACGACAGGUUGAGUCUUUGCUUAUCAAGUUGAAUCGACGGCUCCAGCUUCUGGAAGAGGAGAAUAAGGAGCGAGCAAAACGCGAGAUGAUCCUGUACUCCAUCACUGUAGCUUUCUGGCUCAUCAACACGUGGGUGUGGUUGAGACGUUAAAGUACAGUCGUAUUACUGGCACCCCUCUGGGGAAAAAAACAAGUCAAUAUAAUAUCCCUAUGCUGUGUGUGACAACUGAGCAAGACCAUAGCCUAUUGCACGAUGCACUCAUGUUUUCUUUGGUUUAUUUAAUGUAUGUACAGUUUUUUUGUACUUUCGUGUUCUUUCCAGUUUUCUGCUUUGCCAUAUUUUGUUUUUAAAUGCAAAUGUUGAGCAAUGCUGAGCAUGACUUGUAAAUAUGUAUCACUUUAGAAAGGACUGCCAUAGUAUGUUUUUAAAUAGGAAUGUUGAGCAAUGCUAGAUAUGACUUGUAAAUACGUAUUGCUUUAGAAAGGACUCAUUCAUUAAUAAAGUACAACUAAGCUUACCAAAUUAAACCUCAUUGAACCUAUGAUAUGUGUCUAAUUAGGUUACAAAUAUUAAUUUGUAGACUAUCACAGUGGCUGUAAAGAGUACACAUACACACACCUGUGCAUGUCUCCUUUUUGUGAUAACAGUGCCAUGAAAAAAUAUUGACACCCUUCUCAAUCUUAUUUUUGCGUAGUUUCACCACUUUAAGAUCAUGAAACAAAUGUCAACAGACAAAUAUGAUGCAAGUGAAAUUAAAAUGUUUUUUUUUAUUUAUUUCAUUUAUGAAAUGGAAAAAUAUUUCAAAGCUACUUGUGUAAAAAAAAAAAAAAAAAAAAAGUAAUAGCCAUCCUCAGCAACAACAACUGAAAUCAAACAUUUUCUAUAACUGACAAUGAGUCUUUCACAACUCUGGAGAUAAUUUUGCCCACUCAUACUUUCAGAAUUGUUUGACUUCAGCAAAAAAUAAGAGGGUUUUCGAGCAUGAAUGGCCUUUUAAGGUCAUGGCACUGCAUUUCAAUCUGAUUCAAGUCUGGACUUUGACUAGACCACUCCAAAACCUUCAUUUUGUUUUUCUAAAGCAUUCAGAAGUGCUAUGUUUUGGAUCGAUAUCCUGCUGCGCUUCAGCUUGAGGUCACAAGCUGAUGGUUGAAUAUUCUUCAGGAUUUUCUGGUAAAGAGCAGAAUCCAUGGUUCCAUCAAUUACAGAAAGUUGUCCAUGACCUGAAGGAGCAAAGC